UUGUAUUGUGUUUGUUGCGUAAACACACACACAGAGAGAGAGAGAGAGAGAGAGAGAGAGGAGAAAAGAAAGAGAGAAGGGUCAAAUAGUUUCCUAUCUUUUCUUUCCCUCCAUUUACACACUUCAACUCACACUCACACUCACACUGAGAGAGAAAAGAGAGAGAGAGAACCUUCUGUUCUCAAAACAUGGAUGCAGGAGCUCCGUACAAUCCUCGUACGGUGGAGGAGGUUUUCAGAGAUUUCAAAGGGCGCAGAGCUGGCAUGAUUAAGGCCUUAACCACCGGUGUUGAAGAGUUCUUUCAGCAGUGUGAUCCAGAGAAGGAAAAUCUUUGCCUUUAUGGUUUUCCUAGCGAGCACUGGGAAGUCAAUCUGCCUGCUGAGGAGGUGCCUCCUGAGCUUCCAGAGCCAGCAUUGGGCAUUAACUUUGCCAGAGACGGGAUGCAAGAAAAGGACUGGCUAUCCUUGGUUGCUGUGCACAGUGAUGCAUGGUUACUUUCUGUGGCUUUUUAUUUUGGUGCUAGGUUUGGAUUUGAUAAGGCCGAUAGGAAGCGACUGUUUAAUAUGAUAAAUGAUCUUCCAACAAUAUUUGAGGUUGUUACGGGGAUGGCCAAGAAACAAGGAAAGGAAAAGUCAUCAGUUUCUAAUCAUAGCAGUAACAAAUCCAAAUCAAACUCCAAGGUAUGCAAGGGUUCUGAAUCUCAAGUGAAGUAUUCAAAAGCAAUUCAACCGAAGGAUGUGGAUGAAGAUGGUUUGGAAGAGGAAGAUGAGGAGGAGCAUGGAAAUACUCAGUGUGGGGCAUGCGGAGAGUACUAUGCGGCUAAUGAAUUUUGGAUUUGCUGUGAUAUAUGUGAGAAGUGGUUCCAUGGAAAGUGUGUGAAGAUUACCCCUGCUAGGGCUGAACAUAUCAAGCAGUACAAAUGUCCAUCUUGCAGCAACAAGAGAGCUCGACCUUGUUAGUGGCUAGGAUAGUUACUACUAUAUGUCCUGGCAAUUAUAUGGCUGCUAAUUUGUUUAGUAGGUCCGGUUUAUUCGUCUUUGUCAGUUCUAGUUAAACUGUUUCAGUUGUUACAUUAGGUAUCUGACGUACUGUUUAUUCCGUCUAAAAUUUGCAUAUUUAUGUUAUGAGCGAACUUAAGAAUUGUGUUAUGGGUUUACUUAAUUUAGUGGUGUCUUAGUGAACUUUAUAUUCUCCCCCGUAAUGUUAUUCUCUUCUUAUUCAAGUUCUAGCAUUUGUCAAGGACAGCACGGAAUUGUCAAUGUGAAUUGGGU